GAGGACGGCGAGUUGAACCAGCUGAAUUGGCUAGAGAAGUGAGCGAGGAGAGCGGAAUGGGGAAAUUUCAGUCCAAACACGCAGCAUGCAAGAGAAGAGAAAAUCCAGAAGGGGACAGCUUUGUGGUGAACUCCUACGUGGGCAACCGCAAAGGUUUGGAAGAAGGAGACAGGUUUGGAGUCAGCGAGCACAGAGCGCGAGACAAACAGGAGCUACUGAAUGGGGAACUAAAAGAGGGACAUUUUCGGGAGGAUCAAUGCCCCCUGGAGGUUGCUCUUCCUCCUGAGAAGGUAGAAGGAUGUGAAGGCUACGUACAGCCUUUUAAUCUAGAAGAUGGAGAAAAAAAUGCCAAUAAAGACAUAAACCGAGGAAUGGGGAAGAAGCGGUUAAAUAUUGAUGAACUUCAAUGCGAUGUCUCAGUAGAAGAUGACAAUCGUCAAGAAUGGACAUUUACCCUGUAUGAUUUUGACAACAGUGGAAAAGUAACCAAAGAGGACAUGUCCAGCUUGAUGCACACCAUUUAUGAAGUUGUAGAUGCUUCAGUCAACCACUCUUCCACCAACAGCAAGACCCUCCGGGUGAAACUGACUGUGAGUCCUGAACCUUCGAGCAAGAGGAAGGAGGGACAUCCAGAUCGAGAAGCUAUUCGAUGUAAAACCGAAGGCGAACACUCUGAAGAAAUGAGGAUUUCAGACAAGAGACUAUCUGCUCAUGUCAGGAAGUCAAACAAUGACCACCACCAUUACACCGUGCGUGAGCAGUACUGUGUUGAUGAAAAUACCGAGAGAAGGAACCACUAUCUUGACCUUGCUGGAAUUGAGAACUACACUUCAAAAUUUGGGCCAGGCUCCCCUCCGGCGCAGCCCAAACAAGAACACCACGGCAGAGCCUCCCAUUCCCAGAACAGGUCCCGCUCCCAGGAGUCCGAGGCUCACGUGGUGCACCAUCGGAGGUCCCAGGUGCUCGCCGAUUACGCGGUCCCCCUGGCGGCUGAACCCACCCCGAGGGUCCUGGAGAUGCAGCAGAGGCUCAAAGGCCAGGAGAAGCAGUUCCUGAAGUCGCCCAAAGGCUCUGGCAAGAUGCCGGCCGUGACGGGUGGCAGCGGGGGUGGGAAGCCGGGGAAAGCGUUUAACUAUUACAUGCCCGCCGCCCCCUCCCCGGCCGCCCAGGAUGUGUACCACCUCCAGCAGCAGCCGCACGCUCACAAGAAGUACCGGCAGAAGGCGAAGGACUCGCACUCCCCGCUGAAAGCCACUCACUCCCAGCCCGCCGUCCUGGAGCAUGAGGUGAUCCGGGAUUUACCCCCUGUGCUAACCAACGAGGGCUACGUCAUUCCCGUCAUUCAGAGACACGAGCAUCACCACCACCACGAACAUCACCACCAUCACCACUAUCACCACUACCACCAGUCCUGAGGGAGGACCCGAGCUUCCGUUCUGAGUCAACCCCGGGGACUCGGUCUCCAGGAAUGGACGAAAGAGAGUGGGGGGGACGGCGAGGACCGGGUCAGAAGGGAAAGGGGAGAGUGUAUUCAUCUGUUUACUAAUUAUAGCAUUGGGGUUCUCCUUCCUUCUGAAAUGAAGCACUGGCACACAUGCAAAAGUGCUCAAUUUAUUAUUGCUUUUCACUAAAAAACAAA